CCCGACUAGUCAGACGGAGCAGAAGCAUCAUCUCAUUCUGGGCCGCGGCGGGGUUCCCACUCUCCCUCCCUCCUCGCCGCCGCCGCCGUAUCCGCAGCUUUCCCUCGCCGUACCCCGCGGAAGCAGGGGUUAACGGGCUACACCUCACCUCCACACCAUGUCGGGCGCGGCGGCGGCGCGGGUUCUGCCGAAGGCGGUGACCUUCGUGACGGGCAACGCCAAGAAGCUGGAGGAGGUCCGCGCCAUCCUCGGCUCCUCCAUCCCCUUCCAGUCGCUCAAGCUCGACCUGCCUGAGCUGCAAGGGGAGCCAGAGGACAUAUCCAAAGAGAAAGCACGAAUGGCUGCAUCUCAGGUGAAUGGGCCUGUAUUGGUUGAGGACACCUGCCUAUGUUUCAAUGCACUCAAAGGGUUACCAGGGCCCUACAUAAAGUGGUUUCUUGAGAAGAUUGGACACAAAGGUUUGAACAACUUGUUAAAUGCUUAUGAAGACAAAUCAGCCUAUGCUAUGUGCAUCUUUUCCCUUGCUCUUGGACCAGGAGAGGAACCAAUCACAUUUGUCGGAAAAACUGCUGGGAAAAUCGUACCUGCUAGAGGGCCUACUGAUUUUGGAUGGGACCCUGUAUUCCAGCCAGAUGGUUUUGAACAAACCUAUGCUGAGAUGGACAAGUCAGUGAAGAACCAAAUAUCUCACAGAGGGAGAGCUCUUGCUCUGGUGAAAGAACACUUUGCAUCUGCCAACUACACAUUGCAGAGCGAUGGGUCUGCUUGAAUUUGUUUUCGAUUCCCAGACAAGAACAUCACAUUCUGGAAUGUAACCGAACUACUAAUUUUAGUGGCGAUUGUGGUAGAUUCUUAAAGUUGUUAUACAUAGAUGUACUAUACUUUUGUUUGAUUGUGCAAUACUUGGUGCCUGAUAUAAAUUGCACUUGCAAUGUGAGUUGCACUUACACCA